AAUAUUUUGAUUUCUUUUUCCUAUAUUCACCAAACUUUACAAAAAACUCUCAACUUUCCCCUCCUCCAGGUCCCUCGCUGAAAACACUUUGCUUGAUAUUUAAAAUGGAGGUGUCUGGUUCAAGUGAAUUGCGAUAUGACGAGGAGCACGCGUUGAACACUUUGCUUGAUGCCUUUGGAUCUGUAUUUUCUCUUAAAGAUAUUGCUUCUGCCUACUGUGAGGCGAACCGGAAUGUGGAUGUAGCUGGUGAAAUUCUGUUUAAAAUGCAGGAGAACCCCUCUUUUGUUGAUACUAGUGCAUCUAAUGGCAAGGCAAAAAGUGGUGAAGCUAAGCAAAUAUGGCGACAAGUUUCAUCUGCUAGUAAUUCAUCUAACGAUGAGCUGAAAAAGGAUGAGCUUUUUGAAUCAUCAAGUAGUAACAGUUUGCAGAAUUCUUUUCGAGCAAUUGGGGAUUUCAGAACUCAAAAACAAAAAUGGAGACCAGUUUCAGGAGGGACUGUUUCUAGCAUGCUAGGAAAGGGGUAUAUGAAGCCUGCCCCUUCGGCUAAUAGUUCCAAUCCACGAACUAAACCCUUGAAGGUGGACUCAAAGGAGUGGCCAAUGUCUGUACUUUGGGGAGAAGAAUGCAAAUCCAGUUCUUUGAAGGAGAACCGUUUGCAUAAGGAUAUGGAAGAUUUUCUUUUCAAAAUGCUUGGACUGGGAUUUCAACUGGAGAGGAAUGUGAUUAGAGAAGUUCUCGAUAACUGUGGAUAUGACAUGCAAAAGAGCAUGGAGAAGCUCCUUGACCGGUCAGCUGCAGGUUUGGACGAAGGAAGCAAAUUUCUUGGUGAAUCCAAUAAAAAGACUAAUGAUAUGCAACCAAGAGCGGAGGAGCUUUCACAUGAAAAGAACAAAGUCUUGAAUGCAAAUGGAGGAGCAAGGCAAUCGAAGGACAGAAACGAGAUCCAAAAGGAAGUUUUGACUGCUUUGUUUAAUAAUGGUCUCGAGAGAUUUGAUGAAUCACCUCCGAGAAGAACGAGGUCAGCAAAAAGGUCUAUCGCAUUAGGAGAACUUGUGGAAGGACCCCUGCUUGAUUCUGUUGUUAAGGAGAAGGUCGAUUCAGUUGGCUCAGAUAAAAAAGAUGACGAAGAGGAAGAGGAAGAUAGUUUCCAGGUUCUUCGAAGAGCCGUGGAGGAAUAUAGGGGCACAAUGAAGGAAUAUUAUAAAGCUGCUAUUGAAGCUUUUGCUAAAGGGGAUCAAGGUCUAGCAAACAGAUUUCUGGAACAGGGACAAUUUUAUCGUGAAAAGGCUCGCCAAGCAGAUGAAGAAUCUAAUCAAAAGAUUUUUGACACUCGGAACACGACGGAUACAGAAGAUGAAGAUGAAAUGUCGCUCGACUUGCACGAUCAUGGAGCCAAGGAAGCAAUACGUCUUUUGAAGUGCCAUCUAUCUUCACUCGCAGGCAUCCCAUCAUUCAAGUACUUAAAAAUCAUCGUCGACAAAAAUGAAGACGACUCAUUGAAGGGCAGCCGUCGAAGACUGGUUAUGAGGCUAUUGGAGAAGGAAUCAAUCACUUGGACUGAAGGAGAGACAUUUGGUAUAAUCAGGAUCCAAUUGGAUAAUAUAAACCCCAAAAAUUUGAGUUUUGCCAAGAAAAACCCAUCUCUUUGAUCGUUAAAGGCCAGUUGUUUGAAAAUCACAGCCCAAGGACAGAGAGUUUCCU